ACCGUCACAAUAAUAUUAUGACUCGAUUGGUGUUAUUAUUCUACCUCUUAUCGACUAUACUUUAGAAUUUAAGAUCGGUGACAUAUUAACUACGGUCAAACACUCGACAGUUUACAAUAUUGACUAUAUUGGCUCAUUAAUACUUUAGUGUUUAAGGCGUUAUUGUGUAAAAUGGCGAAUUUCUCGUCACCGAUGCCGUCCAGAGAGUUUUUGUGGGACGUGUUCCAGAGGGUUGACAAAGAUAGAAGUGGAUUCAUCUCGUCUGAUGAACUGCAAAUGGCGCUCUCCAAUGGAACAUGGACUCCAUUCAAUCCGGAAACCGUACGUCUUAUGAUAGGUAUGUUUGACAAGCAUAAUCGAGGUACUGUAUCGUUUGAUGACUUUGGAGCUUUAUGGAAGUACGUAACUGAUUGGCAAUCGUGUUUUCGAUCAUUUGACCGUGAUGGCUCUGGCAAUAUAAAUGUAUCCGAACUCAAAGACGCUCUAUCAUCGUUUGGUUAUAGACUCGGUGAACAAAUUGUAUCAGUUAUGCUCAAGAGAUUUGACCGUUUUGGUCGUGGCACUAUACUUUUUGAUGAUUUCAUACAAUGCUGUGUUGUAUUACAUACCUUAACUGCUGCAUUCCGUCAAUUUGAUACUGAUCAAGAUGGAUAUAUUACUAUUCAUUAUGAGCAAUUUCUAAACAUGGUAUUUGGCUUGAAAAUUUAAAUGAACUCCAUUAUUUAUUGGGUAUUUUUUUUUUUAAGUCUUUAGAACUGAUCAGUAUAAAGAAUAACUUAUAAUGAAGUAUAAUAUAAAAUGUAAUAUUUCAAUUAAAUGAUUGCUUUAUCUGUUCCUUCUUGUGACACAUUGUUUUUUUUUUAAUACUGUCUAAAUGUGAUAUUUUUAAGCUAUCAAUAAUUUUAUUAUUGUUAUAAAUGAAUUAUUAAUUAUCAUAGUAAAUAUAUAUACUACCAUUUUAAUAUUUUAUACAGUUUCAAUUUUAUUAAAAUAAUCAAAAA